ACAUCACAAAGGGCCGAUCCCCCGCCCCUUCGGCGCCACCACGUGUGUCCCCGCGCCCGGCGGCCACCCGACUCAGUCCCUCACCGGCCGGUCUGGGCAGCGGUGGAGGGUGGUUGGCAGUGGCUGGAGGCUUCGCUAUGGGAAGUUGUUCCUUUGCUCUCUCGCGCCCAGCCCUCCUCCCUGGUUCUCCGCAGCCGCUGUCGGAGGAGAGCACGGGGAGGCGCGGGCUGCAGCCGCCGCUGCCUCUCCCCGCCCGGGCGGCCGCGCGGCUGGGCAGGUGCUGAGCGCCCCCGGAGCCUCCCUCGCCGCCUCCCUCCUCUGCCCGGCUGCCCGGCUGCCGCAGUGCACAUGGGGUGUUGGAGGUAGAUGGGCUCCCGGCCCGGGAGGCGGCGGUGGAUGCGGCGCUGGGCAGAAGCAGCCGCCGACUCCAGCUGCCAGGGGGCCACGCGCCCCGGGCGCCUCUGCGAGCCCCGGGCUCAGCCAUGGGGACCUCCGCGAACAGCAGCACCGCCCUCGCCUCCUGCGGCCGCGUCGCUAGAGCUACGAUGAUCGCGGGCUCCUUUCUCCUGCUUGGAUUCCUUAGCACCACCACAGCUCAGCCAGAACAGAAGGCCCCAAAUCUCAUUGGCAAAUACCACCAUGUGGACCGUGCCACUGGCCAGGUGCUAACCUGUGACAAAUGUCCGGCAGGAACGUAUGUGUCCGAGCACUGUACCAACACAAGCCUGCGUGUCUGUAGUAGCUGCCCUGUGGGGACCUUUACCAGGCAUGAGAAUGGCAUAGAGAAAUGCCAUGACUGUAGUCAGCCAUGCCCAUGGCCGAUGGUUGAGAAAUUACCCUGUGCUGCCUUGACUGACCGAGAAUGCACUUGCCCACCUGGCAUGUUCCAGUUUAAUGGUACCUGCACCCCCCAUACGGUGUGUCCUGUGGGUUGGGGCGUGCGGAAGAAAGGGACAGAGACCGAGGACGUGCGGUGUAAGCAGUGUGCUCGGGGUACCUUCUCUGAUGUGCCUUCUAGUGUGAUGAAAUGCAAAGCAUACACAGACUGUCUGAGUCAGAACCUGGUGGUGAUCAAGCCGGGGACCAAGGAAGCAGACAACGUCUGUGGCACACUUUCGUCCUCCAGCACGACCUCACCUUCCCCUGGCACAGCCAUCUUUUCAUACCCGGAGCACAUGGAAUCCCAUGAAGUCCCUUCCUCCACCUAUAUUCCCAAAGGCAUGAACUCAACAGCAUCCAGCUCUUCUGCCUCUGUUAGACCAAAGGUACCGAGUGGCAUCCAGGAAGGGACAGUCCCCAACAACACAAGCUCAGCGAGGGGUGAGGAAGGCGUGAACCAGACCUUCCCAAACCUCCAGGUAGUCAACCACCAGCAAGGCCCCCACCACAGACACAUCCUGAAGCUGCUGCCAUCCAUGGAGGCCACUGGGGGGGAGAAGUCCAGCACGCCCAUCAAAGGCCUCAAGAGGGGUCACCCCAGACAGAAUUUACACAAGCAUUUUGACAUCAAUGAACAUUUGCCCUGGAUGAUUGUGCUUUUCCUGCUGCUGGUGCUUGUGGUGAUAGUGGUAUGCAGUAUCCGGAAAAGCUCAAGGACUCUGAAAAAGGGGCCCCGGCAGGAUCCGAGCGCCAUUGUGGAAAAGGCAGGGCUGAAGAAAUCCAUGACCCCAACCCAGAACCGGGAGAAGUGGAUCUACUACUGCAAUGGCCAUGGGAUUGACAUCCUGAAGCUCGUAGCAGCCCAAGUGGGAAGCCAGUGGAAGGAUAUCUAUCAGUUUCUGUGCAAUGCCAGUGAGCGGGAGGUGGCCGCUUUCUCGAACGGGUACACGGCCGACCACGAGCGGGCCUACGCAGCUCUGCAGCACUGGACCAUCCGGGGGCCUGAGGCCAGCCUCGCCCAGCUCAUCAGUGCCCUGCGCCAGCACCGGCGCAACGAUGUCGUGGAGAAGAUUCGGGGACUGAUGGAAGAUACGGCCCAGCUGGAAACUGACAAACUGGCCCUCCCGAUGAGCCCCAGCCCACUUAGCCCGAGCCCCAUCCCCAGCCCCAACACGAAACUUGAGAAUUCCACCCUGCUGACGGUGGAGCCUUCCCCGCUGGACAAGAACAAGGGCUUCUUCGUGGAUGAGUCGGAGCCUCUUCUUCGCUGUGACUCCACAUCCAGCGGCUCCUCGGCUCUGAGCAGGACGGGCUCCUUUAUUACCAAAGAAAAGAAGGACACGGUGUUGCGGCAGGUACGCCUGGACCCCUGUGACUUACAGCCUAUUUUUGACGACAUGCUCCACAUUCUGAAUCCUGAGGAGCUGCGGGUGAUUGAAGAGAUUCCUCAGGCUGAGGACAAGCUGGACCGGCUAUUUGAGAUUAUUGGAGUCAAGAGUCAGGAAGCCAGCCAGACCCUCUUGGACUCUGUGUAUAGCCAUCUUCCCGAUCUAUUGUAGACCAUGAGGGAUACCGCACUCUGGAAAUUACUCAAUUUAGUGGCAGGGUGGUUUUUUGUUUGUUUUGCUUCUGUUUUUCUAGUUGCGUGUGUGUGCAUGUGCCCGCGCACGUGCGUGUGCGUGUGUGUGUGUGUGUGUGUGUGUAACAGAGUAUAUGGCCAGUGUUUUGAGUUCUUUCUUUCUUUUUUUAACCCUUCUAGGAAGUUAGUUUAUAAGCCUUACUCAAGGUGUAACUGUUGAAAAAUACCCACCACUAAACUUUUUUAGGUUCCAUAUUUUCUGUUUCGACUUCUUAUGUGUUUUCAAAAUUGUUCUGUGCACUUUAAAUUCACUUAAUGUACCACAAAUGCAGUGUGGCUUUUCCUGCACACUGGAUUGUGAGGCUCUGAACUUCUUAAAAGUGUAAUGGCAUCUUGUGAAUUCUAUACGCAGUCUUCAUGUCUCAACAUCCACAUCAGCUUUUUAUUUUUUAAUUGUAACUUUUUUUAUUAUUAUUUGUAAUUUACAAAUUUUCUUAAGGGUUAAAGAAGUGUAAUACCCCGUUGCGUUACUGUAAUGCAAUAGAUUUUGAGUUAUCGUUUUAAUAUGCCUUGUUGUAUAGUUCAUAUUCAUGGCUGAAACUUGACCACACUGUUGCUGAUUGUAUGAUUUUCACUUGGGCACCGUGUAGAAUGCCUGAUUACUUGUGCCCCUCUUAUGCUAAUGAUGCUCUGGGCUGGAGACAUGAAAUCCUCAAGCCAUCAGACCUUGCUAUUUAAGUGGCUUGACACCUGGGCCACCAAAGAACUUGAACUUCAUCUUUUAGGAAUUGAGCUAUUCUGGAACGUAUUGCUGCACUUUGGAAAGUCACAACUGAGUGCCCGUGACACCUUUUUCCAUAGGGGAUUUGCUCAGUUUUGCUUUAAAAGAUGUCUUGUUUUUUUAUACACACGUAGUCGGUAGGUCCAGUCUGCCCUCGAGGCCUUGGUCUUGGUGGGUGUCCUUUGUCAUUCAAUCACUUUAAUUAAAAGUGGCUGCAGCUGUAAGAGCUCUUGUCUGAUAUAUUUGCAACUCUGCUCCCGUUUAUAAACAUGCUCUCUAAUAACGCUCAGUUGCCAGACUCUAAUGCAAAGGUGGCGUGGACUCCCUUUGUGUGGGCGGGGUUUGUGGGUCAUGGGGAGGGACUGAUAGCAGAAAAAAUGCCUUCAAGUGUACUAAUUUAUUAAUAAAUAUUAGGUGUUUGUUACUUGAGUAGUUUGAGUGUAUUUACUACUUGCCUUGUACAUGUGCUCAAAUUACAACUCUUUGGUUAGCCUCUUGGAAAAAAAUGUGUGUAUUCUAAAAAUCUCUGCAUUUCUGACCUGUGAAUCAUGCAGAUUCGCAAAGCUUUGUGUCUGGAAGAGUAUUUGGAAAUUCAGAGAGAAGGAUGACCAAGUGUUAGAGAUGACCAAGCAUUCCCUAGUCUUUUGGGGGUAAAUCUUAGGCUCCUAUUUUGUCUCUAUUUUAAGAAAAGAGGAUUUGGAGGUGGAGAGGUAUAAAUGAUGACAUAGGUCCUGGAGUGUAUUCUUACUCAUUUCCAUCUAGGAAUUUUACCACUCGUGGGGGGCGGGGGGGUGGAGGGGGUCUGUACAAGUUCACAGGCUUCUGUGUGAAACGUCAUUGCCCCUGAGUAACGUCAAGCGGCUUUCUUGGCAAUAGGGCAAAGUCUCAUGAUGAUGGAUGUAUUACAUCAUAUUAUAUAUAUUAUUUUUUUAUUAUGUGUCAUCAUAUCUCCUUAGCUUGGGAACCCUGGCUCUAUAGAAUUCCAGUGGCCAGGACAUCAGCAAUUUUGAGUUCCUCUUUCGGUGAGAAACUGGAAGUGGGUGCCCUGUCUGGACACUUUGACACCCAUGUCAGGGACAUUGAAGGGGUCUUCUGCUUUCAUCCACUCCCAUGUGGCUGGUUUCUAGAGAACAAUUCUGGUAUUUGGUUUUAUGGUUCUCAGGCCAGGUUUCCCUUCCUCUUUUGUGAACAGAAGACAGAAACUCUUCAAAAGGGAAACAAACUAGGAUAGGUCGGUGAUGGGAGGGAAGGAGACAGAUGGGUUUUUCAGAGGAUUUGGAGACUGCGACUUAUUUUUUGUGGGGCUUGAAAACAAAUCAGUGUUAUAGUUAUUAAGUUUGUAAGUUACUUCUAGCUUGAAGAUCAUUAUUUUCUUAACGUUUACAGCUUUGUACUUUACAAAGUGACUUUUACAAUAUCUCAUUGAAACCUCAUAACCACCUUUUAAGAUAGGUACUAUUAUUGUACCCAUUUUAUAGAUGAAGAAUAGGCUUAUAAAGGCUAAGGAACUUGCUUAAGGCUCUACAACAGAGUGGUAGAGAUCAGACUUGAAUCUGAAUCCAAAAGUGUUUAUUCAGGACUGAUAACCAGAAAUAUUGUCAGGCUGAAGCCGUGGAUACAGAGAUCACAGUGAUGAAAUGUAUGUGGCUUAUAAAGAAAGCCUUAUACUUAAGUUCAAUGAAUAAUUGUGGAAGUGUGAGAAGGGGGUAGCAUCUUUUGAUGAUACAAGGGGAAGGGACAUGGAAGUUAGGGUUAAACAGAAGCUUAAUAUUGAGUUAAUAUAAUACAUAGCUUUCCACCUACCCCCAAAAGUAACCCCAAGCUGCGUUAUUAAAAAAAUAUAUAUAAUGUUCUGGUCAGAGUUGAUGACAAUCCGAUUUAUAUAUUAUGUGGCUCACUUUGGAGGUUUUCUCUGGUGUGAACUAGCUUACUUUGAGGGCUGUGCUAAACUAGGUUUCCAAUGCAGGGUUGGAGGGAUAACCAGAAGCGUAGGAAACAGAAACAGGAGCAUUUGUUGAGAAAUCUAAACUUGACUACGAAGAUCAUCUGGGUAGGGGAAAGACUAUCUUCAGCUAUUUGCAGGGCUAAGGAAGAGACUAUUUAUUUUUCUUUAGAGAGUAAUACUGUUUCCUCUAAGCCAAUUUAGGUGAAAUGCAGAAGAGCUCUUCAACAAUUAGAUCUGGCUGCUUUUCCAAGGAGAAAAUAUCUCCUACUCUGGGAAAAAGUUGGAUGUGCUUCACUGGGUUAUCAACCUUUCCUGUAAAUAAUCACCUGGGAAUGAGCAGGCUGUUCUAAAGGCAGGUUCCCAGAGAGUGCAAUUCAGAAGGUUUGCCGUGAAGUACAGAACAAGUGUCUCCCAUAUUUUUUUUUUCUGAAAAAUCUUGGGCUCAGUGCUUGAGAUCCUUGCCACUGUGGGCUGUCACCGCACCCGGGAGGUUGUUAGAAUGCAUCCUUGGAGGCCACUUUGUUGUGCUCCUUAAACUUUAAUGAGCACAUGAAACACUUGGGGAUCUUGUUAAAAUGCAGAUUCUGUUUCAGUUGGUGAGGGGAUAGGUACCUAGGUGAUGUGGAUGCUGCUGGUCUCUAGAUCGACGUUGAGUAGCCUGCAACUGGGCCUCGUUUUCAUGCAAAGAGUAGUGCUGAGGUGGGAGAAGACGACACCAUUUCCAAAGGAGAGAAGUAAACGAUUUCCGAUGAUCCAAAGAGAUUUCCAGAAUCAGGCAGUCCUGGUCAAGAUCUACAGCAGUGGUUCUUGAUCCUGGCGGCACAUCGAAAUCAGCAGGGCGGCUCUGGGAAAUCCAGUGCCCGGGCCAACCUCCAUACCGGUGAUGUCAGAAUCUAAGGGCCUGGAACCCAGGAAUCAGCAUUUUUAAAGCUCCCCAAGAGAUGCCAAUGUGUAGUCAGUCAGCUUGGGCAGCCACUGAUUUAAGAGUUUGUGAAGAGAGAGUGCUUCUCAAUCCUCACCCCAGAUCUGAUGGAUAAAUCUUACAGGGAGCGAACUCGGAAAUCUGCAGUUGUGAGUUUGCUAUAGAUCGUCCCACUCAACUCUGCAGGCUUGCUUUAGAACCCAUAACCGUCCUGUAAAACUACAUGUAACUGUCAAGAACUGAUACGCUCCGUAGCAAGGAUGGGCAACAUCUUAAGGCUUAAUUGCACUGCUGAACAAUUACUUGAUUCAACUGACCAGUUCUUCAUGACUUUGAGCAUAAUGUAUAAGGUAUGAUUAAUCAAGAAUAUUUGGGAUGUGAUGUUGUUCUGAUUUAUGUUUCUAUAUCUAUUUGAUUGAAGGUUUGCCAAUUUUCAAAAAAUAAAGUAAGAUCUGAUGAGUCAUAACUGCACUGACUAUGUCAUAGAAUCUCAGACUGUGGGUCACACCUGGGCUAUGGGAGUGUCAGUUUCGAUGUAUGGUCCUGUAGAUGUAUCGGGUACCUAUCUUACACUUCGAUUUGAGAAAAGGAGAUGUGAUCAGUCUCUUGUUUAGCAGACUUGUGGCCCUUACCUUUGUAAGGAAACUUGGACAUUGUCUAGAAAUCUUGCGGUUUUCAGGUGGGAAGCUAGGCUCAUUUCUGCUACUUCAUGGCAGACCCCAGUUACCUUAGUCCCUGCCAAUACUCGUCCACUAUUCCGAGAUACUUCUUUGGCCUCUUUUCUUGAAAGCAGGUGGAAAAUGAAGUUAGCGAUUUGACCAAGAGUUACUUGCAUUAGAAAUCUAAAACAGUUUUUAUGCUAUUUGACUUCAAGUAGCCGAAUAUGUGAAGCAUGUUGGAUGCCAGAGCCUCACUAUUUCCAAAAUAACAGCUUUUCAUAAAGUACCUCACAAGGAUAUAAAAAAUAUGGCAAUGGAUACGUCUGGGGAAAGGAACGAGCUAUCCAGGGGACAGGAAGAGGAAAGGAAGGACACGUUCUUUCCACGGUUUGUUCUUUGGAGACUUUUGAGUUUUGCACCAUGUGUGUGUAUUGUGUGUGGAAUUUGAAAAAUUAUAAAUAAAAACUAUUUUUAGAAUAUUUCUAAGGCAUCCAGGGAAUGUACACCCGUGAAGAGCAAGGUAAGAGUCCCAUGAACCAGGCUUAAAAUGUUAGUAAUAGUUCUGUGAGGGGCGUUUUUGUAAAAUCUGCAAAAGGGAGACAGGGUCUCGUUCUGCCCACCGCCAACCCCAACCUCUGUGAUUUUAGAUUCUUUUCCCGGACUUGGCUCCCAACAAACUUAGUUAAUGCAAAACUUAGAGGGAGGGACUUCAAACCGAGAAAUUCAGAGAGGUGGAACAUAGCAGCUAUUUUCUGGCCCAUCUUUUUAUAUUUCUCAAUACAGGAAUCACUCGUAAUUAAGAUCUUCAGGAGGAAAAAGGUCAAAGAUUUCUUGAGAGCCUUUUGAUAGUUGUUCAUCUCUCCAAAGGAGGUGCUUCUGUUCUGCUCUGGCAUUGUCUUGUUUUCACUCACCUAGUGCUUUGUCCAUAGGAAAAUGCCAAACUAGAAAUCCCAAGAAGAGGGACACAGGUAGCUCGUUUCCAAAAGUCCUGUGACAAUUGUGUCUCAUUCUCUUUAGAAGUUAGAACAAUUUCAUGCUAGGUUUUGGCCCCUUUUGUUUAAACAUAGGGUACCCAUCAACAGAAAUAUUCAUUUUGUCACUCCAUUCAUCCAUCCAUGAAACAUGUGAGCACCUACUAUGGGUGAGGCACUAAGCCAAGAGCCAAGAAUACAAAGAAUUCUAUACAAGCCAGUAACGACCGUUGACACCAGGGCAUUUGCCUGUUCAUCGCUGUAUCCUCAGCAUCUAGAACAAUGCCUGGAACAUGGUAGGCGCUCAGUUACUCUAUGUUGAGUAAAUGAAAGCAUGCAGGCCCUGACCUCAAGCUCACAUCUCAGAAAGGAAACAGACAUGGACAUUAUAAUCAAAUCAAAUUAUAAUCAAAUGUAUCUAAAUGAAAUGAUAGAAAUACAAAGAGGGUAUUAGGAGAGUUAGAAAUGAAAUAUGAAUCAAGGAAAAAAUAUCACAAAAUCCUUUAGUGGAAGUCUUCCUUCUAAUUUUAAAGAAAAUUGCGCUAAAAGAAAGGGCAGACAGUUACAGUUCCAUACAUUCCAAAUCUCUGGGGAGAGAGAUAGUUUGUAAAGAGAAAGUUUUCCAAAAGGAAAACGUAGGUAUUGUAGACAUUAUUAUGCAAGCAAGGAGUUGAUAUUGUUUAAAUAUUGGCUAACCAUCAUGAUAAGACACGAGGCCCAGUCAUGUGACUGCUUUGCAUACAUCACAUAUUGGGAGUCCAGAAUGUAUAUGUCCCUUCAUGAAACAACUCCUCCUCCUAUAAAGUAUCCAAAGCACUUGGUAUUAUUCACUCUAAUCCUAACCUGCAUUUUAUGAUGCAGGAGCUGUUUGAAUUUCUCUUCUGCUGAUGAGGAAACUGGUGCACAGAUAAUGACUUCCCCAAGUCACACAGCUAGUAAAUGGUGGAGCCAGGAAGACCAUUGUAGAACUGGGUGAGCCAAGCAUGGUCCUAAAUGACAAAUUAGGUGGACUGGAUUGCUGCCCUUCUAGAGCAUCUCAUCUGGAAUCGACCGAAGUUGAAUUGCUUUUUUAUUUGGCUUUCACAUUGUUCAUUUUUUUUUUUUUUUUACUUUGAAAUAAUUUAAGAUACACAAGAAGUUUCAAAAGUAGUAUAGAGAGUUCCUAUCCACCCUUUGCCCAGUUUCCCCAGGAUAACGUCUUGCAUAACCAUGAUAUUACCAAAACCAGGAAAUUGACAUUCAUAUAAUAUUACUAGCUAAGGCUCCAGACCUUACUCAGCUCACACCAGUGUUUACAUGCACUUCUUUAAAAAAUGUUUGUUUAUUUAGAGAGAGAGAGAGAGAGAGAGCAGGGGAGGGGGGGUAGAGAGAGGGAGAGAGAAUCCCAACCAGGCUCUGCGCUGUCAGCACAGAGUCUGACUCAGGGCUUGAUCCCAUGAACCGGGAGAUCAUAACCUGAGCCGAAAUCAAGAGUCAGACACUGAACUGACUGAGCCACCCAGACCCAGGCGCCCCUGUUUUUUUGGUGUGUGUGUGUGUGUGUGUGUAGUGCUAUGAAAUUUUAUCACAUAUGUAGAUUCAUGAAGGCACUACCAUAAUCAGAAUACAUAACUGCUUUAUCACCACAAAGAAACUCUCCCCCGUGUCCUCUUUAUAGUGACACCUUCCCCUCCACCCUAAACCCUGACAGCUGUUUUCUGUCACUAGUUUGUCAUUUAGAAAGUGUUAUAUAAAUGGCACCAUGCAGGAUGUAGCCUGAGAUUGGCUUGUUUUCCUUCAGCAUAAUUCCAUUGUGAUCUAACCAAAUUGUUGCACAUACGAACACGUUCUUUUUCACUGCUGAGUAGUAUUCCACGGUAGGGAUGUACCACAGUUCGUUAACUAUUCAUGAAUACGUUUGGGCUGUUUCUAGUGUUUGACUAUUAUGGAUAAAACUUCUAUGACCAUUUGUGCACAGACUUUUAUGUGGAAAUAAAUUUCAUUUCCUUAGGGUAAAUACUCAGGUAUAAGAUUGUUAGAUAAUAUGCUAAGUGCUUUUUCAACUUUAUAGUAAACUGACCGUUUUCAUAGUGGUGGGACCAUUGUAUAUUCCCAGCAUUAUGCAUAAGAGACCAAGUUGUUCUGCAUCCUUGCUAGUCCUCAAUAUUGUCAGUAUUUUUAUGUUAGUUAUGCUAGUAUGUAUGUGGUAGUACAAACCUGAAUUUAUAAAAUCGUGGAAACAUACAAAUGAGUAAGAAUUUAAAAUUAAAAAGUGCUACCUCUCUGA